CAUUUUCUCACCAGAUUGUCAUGUCAAAGAGCAGCUGUACCAUUACUUCCCCACGGCCACCAACCUUUAUAAAGGGACGCCCAUGGAUCUUGAGCAGUAACAGUGCUAGCGCCAUGGCUUUCUUCAACAGCGGAUCGCGAGCGCUGGUAGAAAUCCUGACGAGAUUGCAGAGCGCUGAAACACCAAUUCCAGUUGAUCACACCUUCUUUGAGUUUGGAUCGAUAAGAUAUCACAUACAGGCUUCAGAAACAGAUCCUGAUAACAUAUACUUGUCCAUAUCAACACCCUCUCUUUCUCACGAGGCUUUGCCCGCGACCGGCCUGCCCGAAUUCACGUUGCAGGAGGCAAGGAAAUUGUACCACAAGUUUGCAGAGAUCGUGGAGCCGACUAAAGAAGGAUACGCCUUGACCCUGAAACUGAACUUCUCUGGCCUCACCCGACCGAAAGAUCGGGCCAAGGCUACCAGCCAGAUAUCACGGCUGCAAUCCGUGGUCCUUAGCUCGCAGCUGAAGGACAUGCUGGGGAGGCUCGGGCCGUCCGGCACGACGAAGCUCGUGUACAACCAGAGCGACCCUUUCUUCGUCAGCAGAAUGCCUGCAGCCCCGGCCGGGAAGAUAAGCGCCAUCUUCCCCAUGCGUUUCAGGGACGACACGGACACGGCCGUGGCGGCGUCCUUCUUCCAGGAGCUGCAGGACGUCGGGAACUCCUUCGCCGGUGCGCCCAAGUGCAGCUGGUCGCCGAUCCCGCCCCCGGAGCUCCGCGGGGAGCUCGUGCAGCACCUCACCACCAACGGCGGCUUCGUCUCCUUCGACAUUUUCUCGCGGCACGUCAAGGGGAAAAGGGCGGCCAAAACUGCUUGGAUUCUGCUCAAUUUCCAGGCGUACGUCAAGUACCAUAUCAAGUGCACCCGAAGCUACAUUCAGAGCAGGAUGAGAAAGCGGGAGGAAAUCUUGACAGAGGUGAUCCAAAAUGCAAGGCUAAGAGGAAGCGCUGACAAGAAGACAUUACAAGUUCCACAGCUGAAUUAAGCUGAUGCAGUCAUGAAACCGCUCCUCGCAUACUCGGGUCAGAGCUUUGCUGCGCUGAAUGAAAUCGGAUACAAGGGCUAAAUAAUAGCAGGCUCAAGUCAGAAUUCGUACCUAAUGACAGCAACGACAACCGAUUCAUUGAACUGCCUGUAGUCCCAGCAGUUCAUGUCAGAGCCUCAGAGGGUCAAACAGUUCUGCUAGCUAGCUAGGAGCCUAAGACCAUGCAAACAGAUGCAGGUUGCCAUGUUUGAUGCAUAUGCAUGGAUGGAUGAAGUGAUCACAUGAGCUCAUCAAGCUUUCUAAAUUUGUCUGGCAGUGAGGAAAAGGAGCAAGAGAAGAAGGUUGUUCAGCCUUGCCAAGGCCUGGAAGCUGAGGAAGGGUGUCAGGGCCGUCAUCGACGGGAUCAAACGGCUGUGGUUGAGGAUAAGAGUGAGAGCCCUGGACCGGCUCAGGCGGCAGUGCCGGUGUUUCGCGGUGCCACGCAGGAAGGAGAACAAGUACGUCAAACUAGAGUGAGAUUUGCUACAUUUUUUAGGACAUUCAGGAUGGCCACACACACUAGCCAACACUGCCUUUUCGAACCACAGAAUGGACACUGAGAUAAAGAUCGAUGUGAUUGAAUGACUUAGUUCAUGUUCUUUCCACGUAGAACAUCAAUGUAUCUUCAGACUUCAGAUAACGGUAGUGGUGUCGUUUAUCCCGUCAGAAAACGAUAUAUACCAGCUCCCUAAUGUCGUAACGUGCAACCUACUGAAGUGUCAAAGCCAAAUAGUAUUGUUUUAAAAAGGAGCUGGCCGGCAUUGCUAUAAAAAAUAAAAUAAAAACAAAAUAAAAUAAAGAAGUGCUGAUAUUUGUGCCCGGUUGUCUGUGCAUCCUAUGAACUCAAUUAUAAUAAAAUCAAGGUAGGGACCUCUGCAUCUUGUAAACUCCAUUUUAGUUGAAGUGAACAUAGGGGCCUCGCCUUGGCCUCAGUCAGCUCCUGUAUAUCUGAAGGAAAAGAAACACAGCUUUGCGUUCCAUUCAGUUCCUGAAGUAGCUAGAAUGCAAUUAUGCACUGAUGCAAAUGCAAGAGUUUUCUGAGAAUUCCAACAAUAUAUACAGCACCUCUAUGUAUCACUAUUUUGUCAUGCUUAAGCAUCGUAUAAUUUCUCUUUUAUGUUUAUAUAAUGCUAUAUCUGUGUACUUUAGCACAAGUAGAAAGGUCCUUAGAAGAAUUCAUAAGCAAUUACAGGUGGCAGCUUCCCGUUACCUAUAAGAUCAUCAGCUGUCACACUUCAUCAGGUCUUUGAUCACAAUGGCUAUGUGGUGAAUCUGUGUAAGGCGGCAGGAGCCAAGGCCCUGAGAAGGUUGCCCUAGCUGUAUGCUAGGCCACCUGACUUUUCUUUUGGAUCUCUCUCCUUUUUGAUAGCUUAAGAGUUGCCUAGCAACUUGGUUUUGCUUUUCUUUAUUUAGCUUUUGGCUGUUUGUUCUUUUGUCUUUGAAUUGGUCGUAUGCCAGUAUGCCACUAGCAAGCAAAAACAUGUUUUCUGUGAUCCAAACACCCUAAAAGCAUGUUUUCUGGUUUCA